AUGGCAGACUGGGGUAAUAUACCUAAUGAUCUUGCUACUAAGAUUGCUGAACACUUUGAGUUGUUAGAAGACUUUGAGGUAUUCGGGUUUGUGUGCUCACGUUGGCGAUCAGCAGCCAAGCAAGCCAAGUUUCAAGCCAACACCAAAUCAUCAACAUUAUCAGUAUCAAGGGUGCCAUGGCUUAUGCUUCCUGAGAAAGACGACACCUCAAACCAACGUCGUUUUUAUAGCUUCUAUAACCAGCAAGUUCGGCGUGUUAGUCUCCCUCAGCCGAACCCUAACGAGAAAAGGCUGUUAUCAUCACGUGGAUGGUUGCUAUCUGUGACAGAAAAAGGUAAAAAUAUGUGUAUCCUAAAUCCAUUGUCCGGUGCCGUAAUAAAGCUUCCUAAGGUUAGUUUCUGGGACCAAGCCGGACGUGGUUGGUAUAUUUAUCAUGAUAUAUAUGGAACACAUUAUUUUGACAAAUUCGUCUUGUCAGAGAACCCUUCAACCACUUCCGAUUUCACAAUCGCGUUGGUUUUAUCCGAACCUUAUUUAAACUCAAGUAUCUGUCACGAAAUCGUGUCGUUCUGGAGGAACGGGAGUUGUGAAUGGGAUACGUUUGUGGAAUGUGGGGAUGUUUACUUCACAUUAUAUCAAUGCCAUGAUAUCACUUUUUACCAGGGAGAAUUCUAUGCUGUUGAUGAUUCGGGAAACAUUGUUUGCUUUCAAUUCGACCAAUCGGGUGAACAUCAAGCCCGAUUGAUCAAGGAAUCGGAACGUAAUAUGUACAAAGAUCAACAACUUACAAUUAUUAACUACUUGGUUGAAUCUUCGGAUCGAUUAUUGCUUGUUUGUAGACUGAAAAAAUUGUUGGAUCAAAUCUAUCGAACCGUGUCGUUCGAGGUAUUUGAGUUAAAUAUUCACAAUGGGACGGCUGAAAGAGUAGUUCACUUGGAGGAUGUAGCAAUUUUCGUGGGUUCAAACUCUUCUUAUUCCGUUAAUGUCUCUGUUGAUAAUGUCUUUAAACCUAACUCCAUUUAUUUUACAGAUGAUUUUAAGGUGGCUCGCCAUAGACAUUGGUAUGAAUCAAAUAGCAGGGGUACGGACAUGGGUGUUUACAGUUUAGCAGGCAAUCAUAUUCAUAGCUAUUAUGAUGGUCCAUUUCAUUAUAGUAAAAUUGCACCAUUUAUGUGGCAUGAGCCUUGA